AUGUCCACGCAGAGCCUCCACUGCCUGCCGCCCGUGGCCCUGCGCCUGCCGCCCGGGGCGCCCGAGCCCCCCGAGGCCCCCGGCGGCCAGCGGCGCCACACGCUCCCCGCCAGCGAGUUCCGCUGCCUCUCGCCCCAGGACGCGGCCGGCAUGUUCGAGAUCGAGCGGGAGGCCUUCAUCUCGGUGUCGGGCGUGUGCCCGCUGCGCCUGGACGAGCUCCAGCACUUCCUGACGCUGUGCCCGGAGCUGUCCCUGGGCUGGUUCCUGGAGGGCCGCCUGGUGGCCUUCAUCAUCGGCUCGCUGUGGGACGAGGAGAGGCUCACCCAGGAGUCGCUGCAGCUGCACCGGCCCCGCGGCCACACGGCCCACCUGCACGUGCUGGCCGUGCACCGCGCCUUCCGCCAGCAGGGCCGCGGCUCGCUGCUGCUCUGGCGCUACCUGUGCCACCUGGGCGGCCAGCCGGCCGUGCGCCGCGCCGUGCUCAUGUGCGAGGCCCCGCUGGUGCCCUUCUACGCGCGGUUCGGCUUCCUCCCCGUGGGCCCCUGCGCCGUGACCGUGGGCCCGCUGGCCUUCACCGAGCUGCAGUGCCCGCUGCAGGGCCAGGCCUCCCUGAGGCGGCACAGCUGCUGA